GCUGGCGUCUUCUCCUGGCGGAAGCUCAACCAUUUGAAGAGAAGGGGAGGGAAAAAAAAUCCCAAUCAGGACGCUUGCACAUGCUGUUCUCUGCUUGCUCGCCUGGGUGUUCUGCUGAAGGACUGGGACAUCUGCAGAGGAGGGGAAGCGGCGGCGGCUGGAGCGUGCCCUGGUCAGGGCUGGAGUUCCUCCAGCGCCGGGGGCUGUGAGUGCGCUCAGCCGGGGGGGCGAGCAGCGGGGCCGGGAUCGCGCUACCCGGAGCGUACGCAGACAGACGUGAUUAAAAUUCAAGCCUAAUGGCCUCUGGCAUAAACAACAUUCAUCAGCCCGGGACUUGCAAUGGAUCUAAAGCCGCUCGCAGCAGCUCGGCAGAGGAAUGCAAUCGGGAAAUGCACGUGAAAAUGUGCAAGAAGAUUGCCCAGCUCACUAAGGUGAUAUAUGCCCUGAACACUAAGAAUGAUGAACAUGAGGACAGUAUAGAGGCUUUGAGAGAGGCUCAUGAAGAAGAAAUUCGGAAUAUUCUUGCUGAGACAAGAGAAACGAUUCUCCAGUGUAAAAGCAAAGCUGAAGAAGAGCAGUUACUGAGAAAGCAUAUUCAGGCCCUUGAAAUUGCAGUAGCACAACAUAAGAGAUUGAAGGAAGAAGCUUUAGCAGAGUUAAUAUUGUGUAAAAAGCAAGCAGAAGAGAAGGAGUCAAGAACAGAAGAGAAACAAGCACAGACGGGCCUUUCUACAGACACAGUAGACACCACUGCAGACUUUGAAAACAAACUUCCACAUUUAAAUCAGGAGCUUGAUGGACUGCUAAAUGAGUGCAAAGUAUUUAGAGGAGAAAAUCUAGAUAAAAAAGUAAAUUUAGAUGAAAAAUGUAGUGUGGAAAGGCACAUUGUAAUGAAUGAGAUACAAAACCUGAAGAGUGAGAACCAGAAAACAUAUGAAGAAUAUACUCAGCAAACAAGAAAACUGCAAGCCCCAUGUGAGAUACAAAAAGAGACUUUGAAAAUAGCUAUGCAGCAAUCUGUGAUAGAAGCAAACUGUGAACAAGGAGAAACAGAGCAAAAAAAGAGCUCAGAGGCUGAGGAAGGUUUUUUGCUGCAGCAGGUAAAGAAGCUGGAGGCAGACCUAGAGGAGAAAAGCCAGAAGAUAAAUGAGAGGAAGAAGCAUUCCCAGAAGCUGAAGGAGCGGAUACAGGAGCUCCAGACACAGCUAGAUGAAUUUAAAAGAAAAUCCGAGUGUGAACUAAAGCAACUAGAGAAAGAGAAAGAAGUUCUAACUGGGAAACUUCAAAACUCUUCACUUGAGGUGGCUCAGCUGAAGCAAAUAUUAGAACAACAAGCAAAUAAUUUCAAGGAGUCACUGAAGAAACAUAAUCUACAGUCCAACAAAGAAAAAGAGAAGCUUUUGCAGGACCUUCAAAACACCAUUAAAGAAAACCAAAAUGUUAAACUGCAGUUGGAGGCAUCACAUCAAAAAGUCUUAAAAAUGUUGGAGAAAAGCAAGAAUCAGGAACUCAAGGAGGCAGAAGAACGUUUGAAAAAGGAAUUUAAUGAGACUUUGAAGAUCCAACAUCAGUCUCAUAGGCUGGAAAUACAAACCUUGGAAGAGAAAGCAAAGAAAGAAUUACAUGAUGAACUUGAGCAGAUACAAAAGCAGCAAACCCUGUUGCUAGGAUCUCUAAGGAUGGAACUCUCCGAGCAACAGACAUCAUGCACAAACCUAAAGAAACAAAUAGAAGAACUACAAAUGGAGCUGAGGAGUGUGAGGACACUGAAGAAGCAACAGGAAGGAAGUAGCCAAAGCCAGAUCAGAUCUCUUCACGAUGAACUGGAAAAAUGUCAGAGUGAAAUUUCUGAACUCAAGAGAGAGAAUUUACUUUUGAAGGACACAAUGGAGCUGCUCAGUGCUGAGUUGGAGUCACAGAAGCAAGAAGCUGCACAGCUUCAGGACAGAGAUAAACAGCAUAGAAGGUUUGCCUUGAAUUCACACUUGACAGUGCUAUCUAGAGAUUCAAUAAUAAUGCCAGAGAGUGAAUGGUGUAGCUCUACUACAAUAAGCAUUUGGGAAGGAAGCAUUAAUGGAAAUUAUGUAAGGAGAAACCCUUCCAAUAAAUGGAGGCUACUGGUAGAAGACCUCAAUAUCAAGCAUAAAAAAGAACUGGACGUACUGAAAGGAGAUCACCGGAAGGAAAUUGAAAACAUAGUAUCUGAUUUCAGCAGCACUCAGGCACAUCUCCAAGCAAAGAUUUUCUCCUUAGAAACUGCACUUAAAGAAUUAGAAGAAAAGUCAAGAAAGUGGGAGUCCAGGCCUGAAGAUACACACCUUAUAAACUGUCUGCAAGACAAAUUAAGUGAGAGAGAAGAGAUUAUCAAGCAGCUGGUGCUUCCAACAGAUGCGCGUUUUCAUACACAUGACUCUGUUUCCCUUCAGGAAGGAAGAAAAUGUCAGCAUUCAUUUUCAGCCAACACUGAAUCUUACAGGAAUCGGUCAUUUUCUUUCAACCCUAAUACAGCAUGCCUGACUCCCUCCAUGAAGCAGAAGAAAAAGAUUGAGGUGCCCAGUCGUGUUGUCAGUGUUCCGAAUUUAGCUUCCUACGCAAAGAGCUUUUUGAGCUGUGACUUGAGAUCAAAAAGAAGUGCUCCUCAAAUAACAAAAUCUACAAGCUUAGACCGGAGUUCUGGCUGCCUCAGGGUGGGCUCUCCAUCAACACAGUCCUCAGACAGCAGUGCUGCCACAAGGACACAUGGCAAUGAACCACCACAAACCAAAGAUGACCAAAAACAAGACCCUCAGCAUCAGGAAUGGUUUACUAAGUAUUUUUCAUUUUAAAGCAAACUAUUUCCAUACUUCUCAGAAUUACUAUAAAAGUAAUUCCUGUUUUCUUUUUAGGAAUGAUAAUCCAAUAGAUGAUUUAAGGGAAGAAAAAAAAAAGUAAUUUCUAAGUUAGGAAAUACCUGCACUCUCUUACAUCUAGUAACUAUGGAGUUGCAGGCAUUAAUUUCAGGAAAAUGCAUUUUUUUUAACAACUUCUGUAAAAAAAUGAAGGAAAAGUUUGGAUACAGCUAUGUGAAAAGACUUUUUAAUGAAGAGACUACAGUAUCACUCCACAAUUUCAUUAAAUAUGGAAUUUGGACUCUGAUAUGUUCUGUCAAUUUAGCACCAGCUGAAAAAAUAUCUUCCUUCUAUACAUUUAUAUGCUUGCUUCAUCAGCUCUUUAAAGUAAGUUCUGCAUAUAAUAAUGUAAUUUUAAAAGUUUUUAAUGCUUUUAAUUUUAAGCUGUACAGCAUGUAGUACACCUUCAAAAAUAGCAUGUUUAUAGCAGAAAUAAUUUCUGGUUUGCUUCAUGAACUGUUUUGUAUAUCAGCUAUUGCUAUGUAAUAUUCAUGUUGAAUUUCAAUAUAUGUAUCAGCCUGAUAAAUUAGGAUGAUGUGUAAGUAUGAACAUUAAAGCUUGUAAAUCAUCCAAUUUCUGUGUUUUUCAAAAGACUUCUAUGCUAAUGCUGAAGUAAGUCAGACCUGUACACUGAGUUCCAGUGAUGACAACUGCACCCUUGUACCUUUUAACUCCAUACUAAUUUUAUGCCCAUGUAAAAGCAAAGUGGGGGAAUGACUACAUUCAUCAGGUCAUGCUAAUUCAUUGCUGGUAGAAAAGAACCCAUGAAGAAGUUGACUCUUGGGUAAUUAACCCAUUAAGUGUAAAAGGCAGGAAAAUGUGCAACCAGCAGCCUGCUAUUUAAGACAGGACAGUUCCUCUUCAAUUGCUUUGAAUCCCCAUUUCAUUUCAACCAACAGGGCCCAGCUACCUAAAAAAAUGUUAUACAUGCAAAGAGGUGCACGUCCAGCUAGCCUCUUCUCACAUCCAACAGCCAGCAAGAGCUGCACCAACAGAUCACUGGCACUCACUUCAGACAAAACAGCCACUGCAUCUCACUGGUGGUGCAAAGGUGGGAGGAAGGGCAGAACACUUCUACAUACCAACACUUUUCAUCCCAGUUAUCCAAUAUUUUUUUCCAAGAGGAACUGCUUGGUUGGAAAAGUGACUUUGGCAGUAGAUUUGGCAAAAAAGGCAUUUUUCAUACUUGUAAUCAAGAAAGAUUAAUGUACAGAAACCCUGAUGGUACGGUACCUUGGCAUCUGUGAGGAUGGAAAUGUACAGCACUGUUUUCAUUACUUUUCAUUCACGCUGCCCCAAUGACAAUAGAAAUUUCAAUACACAAUUAGCAAUUCUUAUUUCCAGGGUUACAACAAUUAAUUAUUCAACUCUGCCCCCAAAAAAGUAUAUGUUGAAAAGUGGAUGAAUUAAAUUUGUUGCUUCGUAAUACACAGAAAGGACUCUUUUGCUACUUCUACUUCCAAAAGCUUUUUGGCUACAUUUAACUCACUAAACAGAGCACUGCAAUAGAAGGUAGUUCUGUAUACUGGUCAGUGGUGAUGAUCCUACCUCCACAAUGAGUGCUCUGUAUUUUGGAGUAGGCAUUUUGAAACACCUCUUUAGCCUGAGAGUCAGAACAUCAGUAAUAUGAGGCCUACAUUACAUAUCCCACUCUUUUUUAUGUUUUUCCAUUUCAGUUCAUCCUAUAAGAACGAAAUUUGAAUAUCCCAAGACACUUUUCAUGAGGUGAGCCAGUAUGAUGGGAGAGUGAUGAUUCACUUCAAAAAAAAGUGAUCUGACCUACAUACUGACAAUUCUAAGAGUGUUUCUGCAGUGGUAUUCAUUAAUAAUUACUGGAUCACAAAACAUUUAAACAUUCCAGAAAAAUCAAACACUAAGCUUUGCAAAUAUUUUGAUCAUAACAAAAAGAGACAGGAGAAAGCAAGGGCCACCCUCUCUAGAAGGAACAGGAUGCAUUCUGGGAUACACACUUCUACCAGAAAGCAGCCUGAACAGGAAUUCUUGAGUAUUUUCCAUUAAAACAUAAAACCAUUCCGUAUUUCUGUAAUAAAAGAAAAGAAGAAAAUGUAUUUGGCUUAACUGUUUUAACUAUAUUUGCAGUACAAAUUACAUUAUACAAAAAGCAUACAAAGAACACCAUUGCUUUUAAAAUAUUGAGUUGUGUAGAACUGAAGAUUAUGUUUGCUUCAUUGGA